GGGCGAGGGAGUCGUCUUGAGAACGGACAAUUGUAACGGGGAAAGGAGAGAAAGACGGAGGGCGAGUGUCUGAAGGAAAGGCCGAGACAGCAAAGGUCGAAGGGGUGAUGCUCCCCAGUAAGUACCGAGCUCGGCUGCUCGGCAACCCGAUAAAUACUUGCAGUCUUCAGUUAACCGUGCAAGCUUCAACAGUCGGGGACCGAUUAUCCCAGAAGCAGCAGGUUGACUGUAGAUUAAACAAGGAGCUACUUCCUGCACAUAAUAAGGUCUUAAAUAUAGAUGGUGACAAAAACUUUCUUUAUAAAUCAGACACAAUAUGCCAUGAUGAUCCAACUCACUAUUACUCGGAGUCAAUGUCGCGGGUAUCAGCUGGAGAUGUACCAUCGUAUGUUCCCCUUUCAGUAAAAUGCAAGUCACGACAGGGCUCUCGUAGUGCUGUCCCUUCCCCAUCUCACAGUCAAGGAACUUUGCCAUAUUUACCAGGUGAUCAUGUAAUUUUUUCUGAGACACCAUCAACUCCUGGAAUUCCUGUUGUGUACCGCACACCCGAGGAAAGGGCAGAACAUUCUGAUCGGCUAAAUUUAGAUAGGCGAAACCUAACAGUCUGUCCAAUUCUGGAAGGUGAGCAGCAACUUCGUUUGUUGAAUUUCCAGCACAACCUCAUCACUCAAAUUCAACACCUCUCCAAUCUCCGACGCCUUAUUUUCUUGGACCUUUACAACAAUCGGAUUGAGGAAAUCUCUGGUCUUUCUUCUCUGAAGUCGCUUCGUGUCCUUAUGUUGGGCAAAAACAGAAUCAAGAACAUUUCUAAUCUGGAGAGUCUCACUGAUCUUGAUGUUUUGGACCUGCAUGCAAAUCAGAUCUGUAGGAUGGAAAAUAUCAAUCAUUUAACUGAACUUCGAGUGCUUAACCUUGCGGGUAAUUUCAUCGUUCAUGUUGAAAACAUGAGUGGUCUUGAUUCACUGACAGAACUAAAUCUCAGACGGAAUCGCAUCGAAUCUGUGAGAGAUGCAGACACAUUACCUAGACUCCAAAGAUUUUUCCUCAGCUUUAACAACAUUUCUAGGUUUGAAGACAUUGCUUGCCUGGCGGACUCUUUAUCACUCUCGGAGGUUACCUUGGAUGGCAAUCCCAUAGCUCAGGAGUCAUGGUACAAGCAUACAAUUCUUCGACACAUGCUGCAACUCCGACAGCUGGAUAUGAAAAAAAUCACAGAGGAAGAGAGGAGAAUGGCAUCAGUCAUGGCCAGAAAAGAAGAUGACAAAAAACGUGAAAUACACAAGCAGGCAAUUCUGAAGGAGAAACGUCGUUUGGCUAUUAGUAAUGCUGCCAGACAGUGGGAGAUCCAGCAGACAGUUGCUGCCAUCAAGGAUGCACAACAGGAACAAGUGAAAUCUCUUGGCACAGCCAGUAACAUUAGUAUUCAUAAACCAUAUCACAUCAAUGAACAUGAACAAGAGCUAUGGCCGAAUGAAUCAAGCCCCUUAAGUCCAAAGAACAAUAUUGAAAAGGAAGCAGUAGAGAGCAACAAACAAGACUUGUCAAAAUCUGAAAAGUCCAAUAACAUGAGGUCUCCUGACGAGAUACUGACUUGUACAGUGCAAGGUUUGUCCAUCGCAGACUCUCACCUGGCUGAACUGGAGGGGGAUACGCUGCACUUGUACGGGUUUGGUGCACUGGAGUCUCUGGAUCGCAGCUGGGGUGUUCAGGCAGCUGGGACUGUCACAACUGUCUCCUUCAUGUUCAUAGACUUUGAUGAGAUUGCAGCAGUGUUACCACGAUUAAGGAUUAAGUUUCCAAAUAUUUUGCACUUAAAGUUCCAAGAUACAAAUCUUCACAAGUUGCAGCAGUUUAAUGCUCUAGCACUGGGCCGCCGAUUAGACCAGCUCACUGUGAGUUCUCAGGGAAACCCAGUGGUGAAUUUCAGCCUUUGGAAAUACUAUGUCCUCUUCAGGCUCAACCAUUUCUGUCUACAAAAAAUAAAUGAUAUGGAGGUAACUCCCAUGGAUACAGUAAUGGGUGAGCGACUCUUUGGAAUUUUGGCACAUGUAGCUGCUUCAGACCUUCCCCAGCCUCGGUUGCUUUCAUUAUUAGGAGAAAUCAAGAAGAAACAGCUGCAAUUCAUACUAGAGGGAAAAGGAAAGAAAUCUGGGAUAACCCUGGAGGAAUCAAAGGAUAGUAUAAAGCUUGGAGGUGAGACAGUAGGCCGAGCAAUCAUGAAUUACCCUAAUAAAGACAUCAUCACUGAACAAUUCAAGGAAACAAAGGCAUUUUGCCAAGUAUAUGUGCAGGAACUGGUUAAAGAUGCUGCUCUUAUUGAUGUUAAAAACGAAUCUCUACAGAAACUCUGGCCUCAGAUAUUCAUUGAACUUGUCCGGGAUUGUGUAAUCCAGAUGAGCAAUAAAAACACACAUAUGAAACUAUGUCUGAAAAGCAUAAUGGACCAGAAGUGAAGACCCAUUUAGCUCUAGUUCAGCAUCAUCCAUUCUCUGCCACAUGACCUGAUGCAGUAAAACCUGAAUCACAAAAUCUCCACUUGUAACGAUCACUGGCACCAAGUGUUGUUUCUUCAGGAUUUGUAUUUCAUUGGAACAAAUGUUGUCAGAUCGCAUACUUUAACAAAUUAGGAUUAAGUAACUAAAACAUGAGAUAAGAGUGCACAGGAGUGAAGGAAGCCAAAGCCAUUCUUCAACUAGUCUUCCACCUUCAGCUACUGAUGUACUCUAAGAGCACUUCAGCAGGACACUGUUAUCCAGAAGUCAGGGUACAGUGGAAACUUCCAGUUUUAACUGCGGACUUUAUUCAUUUGUGGGACUAACUUGAAAGUUUGCUUCUAAUAUAAUGUUAAGAUGUGUUGCAACCUAGGAGUACCUGUAACCAGAGUUUGCAAGUUGUUUAUUCAGUCACCUUUCUCUCUUUGUUAACUGUGUAGGCAUGUCAAAAAACACUGCACAUUGGGGAUCUCUGUCAUACAGUAGUGGUUUGUUAUUAGACCUUUCGUCCCACCAAUUUAGUUAUGUAUUGUUAUGAAUUCUGAGUGAGAUGUGGCUUAUUUUAUGGCACUCUCACCUCCCAGUCAGAAAGUACUGAGUUCAUUCUAGAGUCUUGAGCAUAAAAAUCAAGCUUGGCACCCCCGUGCUGUACUGACUGCUGUAUUGAAGAUGGGACAUUAAAACAGGGCUCCCUCUGCCUUCUCAAGAAAGCACAAAAAAUUUCAUGAAACAGUUUUAAGGAAGAGGAAGUUUGUUAUUGCUAGUGUCCUGGCCAGUAUUUGUUCUUUCAGACAGUAUGAGAAAAACAUAUAAUCUGGUCAUUAUCACAUUGUUGU